AUGGACAUCAGUGAUCUUCUCGUUAGGCACGAGAAACUCGUUCACCUUAAUGAUGGAAACAAAGAUAGCAAGCCGCAAAGAAGGGCCUCUUCUAGCACAACCUCCCAUAAAGCAUCAAUCUCGGACAACCAUAUCGACGCAGAACCUAUAGGAUUGCACGCAGCUUCCAUAAAUGAACAUGGGUCACUUCAACAUCAAGAGCCGUCACAGCAUCAGGCGGCAUAUCAUCACACGGCUGUCAACCCAGGAGUUGGAUCUGGCCACCACCACCUCACACAAGAUCCCCAUGCUGCUACUCCACGAUCUGUCGCCUGUAAUCUUGACGUUCUCUCGGAUGCUGCUUUGGCAACAGAGGUUAAUACGAUAUCACCGAUGCUAAAUGACAUGUCGCAGCAGGGGACUAUUCAUCAUGCCAGAGUCAAAAGUUUCGAUGAACCCAUGGGAGGUUAUUCUGAGCGUCCUCGUCACGAAGAAUCCGAACCUAUGUUGUCGUCAGGCUUUGUAACCCAGCCUCCGCAACCCGUUUACGACGAUUACAACCUUUUCUUGGAUGACAUCGCUGGCUCUGCGUGUCUUUUGCCCCCGCAUUUUGAGUCCGAUCAACAGUUUAGUAUGUGGGCAAGAGCACCCGGACAAGUGAAUCCGAGAGGCAACUCUCGGCCUUCAUCACAGUUCCCUUCUCGCUUCGGUUCUCUAGCCCCUGAUAUCCGAGAGCCGAUUGAUACAGGGCAGCGGUUGCAUGAAGACACGUUACGAACAAACUUACUCCGAAUUUCGGUCGCAGAUUAUAAUAUAAUGAAGAGUCAUCUCGAUGAGUUUUCGGCUGUUUUGCCAAAUGAUUUCAUCUUUCCGUCCCGUCACACACUGUCACGAUUUUUCGAGGGCUACAUCGGCGGAUUUCACGACCACUUACCAUUUCUGCAUUUACCCACUCUGGCUCUUGUCGACAUGGCUCCGGAGUUGCUUCUGGCAAUACUGGCAGUUGGUGCCCAGUACAGAUUCGAGAACAAUAGAGGUUAUGCGUUAUGGUAUGCGGCUAAAACCGUUGCAAUGGAACAAAUUAGGAGGAGGCACAGCUCCGAAGUACAUGCCUUGCUGCCAACAGCCGCAUCCUACAGCCCUCACUCAACACGACCGUCCCCUAGCAUAAGCUAUAGGCACUCUUUUGCAUCGGCCCAAUCCGAACGAACCGUUACACAUGAUACCCAUCGCGAGCCAUACUCUCCCAAUACGCCAGGAGCUAGGCUCGAAACCAUCCAGGCAGUCCUUCUUCUGUUUGCCGUUGGCCUGUGGGGGGCCAAAACAAUUCUUCAAGAAGCUUUGUCUUUGCAGAGCAAUUUGGCAUUUCUUAUCCGCGAGGAACGUCUGAACGUAGAGACCAGGCCGUCGUCUCUCAAUGAAUGGGACACGUGGAUACGACUAGAAGGGGCCAAUCGAACAAAACUAAUCGCCUUCUGUUUCUUUAACCUCUGUAGCACAGCAUAUGAUAUACCGCCACUACUUCUUACCGCCGAGCUUAAUUUGUACAUGCCAGCACGAUCAAGACUUUGGAGAGCGGAAUCUGCUUGGCAAUGGCAAGAACUGCGGCAGACUACUCCUAUGGCCGAUAUCACGGUACACGGGGCCUUCUCACGAUUAUUCGGUCGCACUACCCAAGGCCUGCCAAACCAUCUCUCGUCUCUUGGUCAUUAUAUAUUAAUCCAUGCUUUAGUUCAGCACAUAUAUCUUUUGAAACAGACAUCGUUUGCCGCUGGCUCGUCAUAUGAUGUUCAACGAACAUUGAAACCAGAGGAUGUUGAGGAGGUAUCGCAGGCACUGCGAGUGUGGCAGACUAGCUUCGGACAUCGUCACCAACUUCGGGCUGCAGAGUCUGGACAUUCAAUGAACACUGACCCGAGCUCGGGGGGAUCGCUUGCAUUCAACUCCACCGCUCUUCUACGGCUGGCGUAUAUUCGCUUACAUACGGACGUCCCUCCGAGCCGUGCUCUUGAAACAAGAGACUCGUUGAUGAUUGCAUCGGCACUGGACAGUACGCCCUUGUUACAUCGCAGCUCAAGACCAAACCGAGCCGUGUUUGAGGCCGUUCAUGUCCUGUCUAUGCUUGUCAAGGCUGGCGUCAAUUACGUUGCAAGAGCAAAGUCUGCUGAGUGGAGCAUACAACAUUCACUCUGCAACUUCGAAUGUGCGAUUUUACUAGCCAAAUGGCUUGUCACGCUAUCUGCAAUAACACCAUCGGACCCAGCACCAUCACUGGAAGAGAGGAAUCUCUUAGAGUACAUUCGACGAAUGUUAGAUGAAACGGAAUUCGCAGUUCCCAUCGAUCCUUCACUUGCUGGGCCGAGUUCGAUUUCUGGGCCGAUGGAAAUGGUGGCUAGCGACGGUGCAAAAUUGAGGCAACUUGCAAGUGCUGUCGUUCGAUUAUGGGCAGAAACUUUCAAAGGAGUGCAUAUAUUUGACAUGGUUAAAGUAAUGGGCGCAAGCCUAGAUGGUUAUGCUGAUCUUGUGGACAAACCGCGAGAACGUAACCCCUCUAUGACUAGGAUGGCGCCUGAAGCUGGCAUAACUUAA